UGAAUUCCGACCAAUUGCAGUCCUUCGUUGAUGUACGCAAUUUUACCGGGAAAACGGAACUCGCUCAUGUCCGGUGGAUACAGAAAUUCAACACAUUGAAGUGGCGGGUAAUCUGUCAAGUUGAUGUAUGAAGAAAUAGAGCUUGAGCUGGAAUAAAAGGGUUGCAUCAAAAUGGAUUUCAAACGCCGCAAUGGAGGCCCUGCAUUAGGCGGGGCUUCACAGGCCAAAAAGGGAAAAGUGAGCACGGAAUGGGAGGAUAGUCCAUCCCAGUUUGAAGAGGAACUCGCUCUAUUUGAUGAAAUGGAGAUGGAGGUUGAAUCAGGGGAGGGGGAGGCAGGUCAUGAUGUCAUUCCAGUGGGUGACUUAUUCUCUGCUGAUCUUAAUCCACGAUGGAAACGACCUCCUGCGCCUCCUCUUCAGCCUAAUUCAGACACACUUAUAUUUCAGCAGAUUGAUCUGGACUACUACCUUGGAUCAGCUGUUGCAGGUAUGCCGGGGCAGGUUCAAGGAAAAGUACCUAUAGUGCGCAUGUUUGGUGUGACAGACAGUGGGAAUAGUGUGUGCUGCCAUAUUCAUGGAUUCGCCCCAUACUUCUAUGUUCCUGCACCCAACGGUUUUACAAAUGCGCAUUUGGCUGACUUUAAGAGAGAGCUGAACUCUGUUGUGCUGAAGGACAUGCGUUCCAAUAAAGACAACAUAGCAGUCACUGUGCUGGCAGUGGACAUCACCAGGAAAGAAAGUAUGUAUCAUUACCGUGGAAACCAACCUCAUGACUUUCUGCGGAUCACAAUGGCGAUGCCGCGUCUGAUUGCCCCAGCAAAGCGACUCCUGGAGCAGGGCUUUAAAUUUGGCAAUUUCCCCACUCAAAGCUACCAGGGCUUUGAAGCCAACAUUGACUUUGAGAUCAGGUUCAUGGUGGACACUGAUGUGGUUGGUUGUUGUUGGAUUGAGCUUCCUAAAGGACAAUACAGAGUGAGAGAAGAGAGAAGUGAUGGCGAUUCAGAGUCAAGAUAUCCAGGGAAGGUGUCUCUGUGUCAGUAUGAGGUGGAUGUGGCGUGGAAUGAUAUGAUCAGUCAUCCGGCUGAAGGAGAAUGGCAGAGGAUCGCUCCUCUAAGAGUGCUCAGCUUUGAUAUCGAGUGCGCUGGCAGAAAGGGUGUUUUUCCUGAGCCGGAGAUUGACCCAGUGAUUCAAAUCGCAUCUAUGGUGCAGCGUCAGGGAGAGAAAGAGCCGUUUAUCAGGACAGUUUUCACGUUACAGAGCUGUUCCAGUAUAGUGGGCUCCCAGAUUCUCUGCUUUACUCAGGAAAAGCAGCUUUUGCAGAGCUGGGCGGAGUUUGUGAGGACGGUGGAUCCGGACAUCAUCACUGGUUACAAUAUUCAGAACUUUGACCUUCCAUACCUUAUUAACAGAGCUGCAACUUUAAAGGUGCAUUUUUUUCCGUACCUGGGUCGUGUGCGGGGCAUUAAAUCAGUUUUAAAAGAUUCCAAUUUCCAGAGCAAGCAGAUGGGUCGGCGUGAGAACAAAACGCUCAAUAUGGAGGGACGUGUACAGUUUGACCUACUGCAGGUGUUGUUGAGGGAUUACAAGCUCCGUUCUUACACUCUAAAUGCUGUCAGUUUCCAUUUUCUGCAAGAGCAGAAGGAGGAUGUGCAGCAUUCAAUUAUUACAGACCUACAGAAUGGGAAUGAGCAAACCCGAAGGCGUCUGGCUGUAUAUUGUCUGAAGGAUGCGUACUUGCCAUUGCGUUUACUGCAGAAGUUAAUGUGCGUCAUUAAUUAUAUGGAAAUGGCCAGAGUUACUGGUGUGCCCCUGACAUACCUGCUGUCCCGUGGACAGCAAAUUAAAGUGGUUUCACAGCUCCUCAGACAGGCUAUGAAGCAGGAUCUGGUGAUGCCAGUGGUGAGAACAGAAGGUGGAGAGGACUACACCGGAGCCACAGUCAUAGAGCCAGAGAAAGGAUAUUACAGCGUUCCUAUUGCGACUCUAGAUUUCUCUUCGCUGUAUCCCUCCAUUAUGAUGGCUCAUAAUUUGUGUUACACUACACUUCUGCAGAAAGGCCAAAUUGAAAAACUGGGUCUGGCUCCAGAAGACUUUAUACGGACCCCUACAGGUGAUCUGUUUGUGAAGAGCUCUGUCAGGAAGGGGCUUCUACCCGAGAUCCUGGAAAAUUUGCUGGGUGCCAGGAAAAGGGCGAAGGCAGAGCUAAAGAAAGAGACGGAUCCCUUCAAAAAGCAGGUGCUGGAUGGAAGGCAGUUGGCUUUGAAGAUAAGUGCAAACUCUGUGUAUGGUUUUACUGGAGCUCAGGUGGGAAAACUGCCCUGCCUGGAGAUUUCACAGAGUGUCACUGGCUUUGGUAGGCAGAUGAUUGAACAAACCAAACAGCUUGUGGAAUCGAAAUACACCAUUGAUAAUGGUUACCAGGCGGAUGCAAAGGUCAUCUACGGAGACACAGACUCUGUAAUGGUGAAGCUGGGUGUGGCCACUGUACAAGAAGCUAUGAAUCUGGGAAAGGAGGCAGCUGAAUGGGUUUCUUCCCAUUUCGUUCCACCGAUCAAAUUGGAGUUUGAAAAGGUAUAUUACCCUUACCUGCUGAUCAAUAAGAAGCGGUACGCAGGGCUGUAUUUCUCUUCCAGCGCCGAACAUCACGAUAAGAUGGAUUGUAAAGGAAUAGAGACAGUCAGACGAGAUAACUGCCCUCUAGUGGCCAACCUUAUAAACACAUGCCUCCAAAACAUCCUCAUUGACAGAGACCCUGAUGGAGCAGUAGGUCAUGCUAAAGAGGUGAUCUCUGACCUCCUGUGCAACCGUAUCGACAUCAGUCAGCUGGUCAUAACUAAAGAGCUCACACGCACAGCGCAGGAAUACGCUGGCAAACAGGCUCAUGUUGAGCUCGCCGAGAGAAUGCGAAAGCGGGAUGCUGGAAGCGCUCCAAACCUCGGAGACCGAGUUCCUUAUGUCAUCAUCAAAGCAGCUAAAGGGGUGGCGGCUUAUAUGAAAUCAGAGGACCCCAUCUAUGUGCUGGAGAACAACAUCCCUAUAGACACACAGUACUACCUUGAACAGCAGCUUUCCAAACCAUUACUUCGCAUCUUUGAGCCGAUACUGGGUGAAAGUAAAGCUGAGAGUGUGUUACUGAAGGGAGAUCACACACGAUGUAAGACAGUCUUGACGUCCAGGGUUGGCGGUCUCAUGGCUUUCGCUCAGAAGAGAAGCACUUGCAUUGGCUGCAGAGCUGUGCUUAAAACUGAUGUGGCUGUGUGUGACUUUUGCAAAAAGAAAGAGUCUGAGCUUUAUCAAAAAGAGAUUGCUCAUCUGUCGACUUUGGAGGAAAAGUUCUCGCGUUUGUGGACUCAGUGUCAACGCUGUCAAGGUUCACUACAUGAAGAUGUGUUGUGUACCAGUCGAGACUGUCCCAUCUUUUACAUGAGGAAGAAGGUACAAAAAGAUUUGGAUGACCAGGAAAAGCUGGUCUCUCGGUUCGGCUGGUGAAAAUCAUCACUUGUUUCUGCUUCUAUCUUCGUUAGCUCUUACUCCUCAUAUUCUUACCUCACAAUGACUCAUUCCAGAUUGUAAAGAAUCUACUUGUUUUGUAGUGUUUGAAACAAAUAAACAGUGCAUUUUUGUAAAA